AAGGUGUGGAGUAGAACUCGUACGACAAGGAGUCACACCUAUCUAUCCACUUCUUCUGCACGAAUGGAAAGUUGUUCUUGCGACUCAUAAAGGAGGGGAAGUCAGUAUGGAUCCUACUCACAACGCCAUGUCAUCAUCUUUUCCGACUGCAGCUUCACAUCGAGAUAGCAUCUUUCGGUGUUACGUACGUGCAGCAUCUUAACCAACGGAGUAUUCUGCACAAAUGUGGAAUACCUAAACGUUGCGAUCACGGCAAGGAAGAACAAUGCACCGAGCCUCGGUUCCCCAGCUUUGGCGGACUACCGGCGACGGGUGUACCCCAGUCUCGCGUUCUCGCAUUGCUCUCCAAUCUUGUCAUUCUCCCUCCAAUCUCUACUUUUUACAGACGAACUUUCAAGAUGGAAAACUCGGCACUUUUUGACGUCAAGGGCAAAGUAGUCCUAGUGACUGGCGGCGCGAAAGGCAUCGGUCGCAUGAUCAGCGAAGGUUUCGUCCAGAACGGCGCAACAGUCUACGUAUCGUCACGAGACGCAAAGGCGUGCGAGCAAGCAUGCAAGGAGCUGAACGCGCUGGGCAAGGGCAAAGCGGAUUUCAUUGCCGCGGACCUGUACAAGGAGGAAUCGUACAAGAAAGUGGCCGAGGAGAUUAAGAAGCGAGAAGGAAAGCUCCACGUCCUCGUCAACAACAGCGGUAGCAAUUGGGGCGAGAGCUACGACACAUACCCCGGCACUGCAUGGGAUCGCGUCAUCACCCUGAACCUCAAGAGCGUCUUCCAGCUCACACAAGCUGUCACUCCCCUCCUCGAAGCCGCGUCCACAAAAGACGAGCCCGCGCGCGUUAUCAACAUCGGCAGCGUCGACGGCCUGCGCGUCCCUGAGCUCGAAACAUUUGCGUACUCGGCGUCCAAGGCGGGUCUACACCACUUGAGUAGAGUGCUGGCAAGCCAUCUGGGCAAGAGGGGCAUUACGAGUAAUACGGUUGCUUGCGGUCCGUUUCAGAGCAAGAUGAUGAAGGCUACGCUGGAGCAGUUUAAGGAUGUCAUUGAGGCGAAUGUGCCCAUGGGCAGGAUUGGGAGUCCUGAGGAUGUCGCGGGCACGUGUAUCUUCUUGUCGAGCAGGGCGGGAGCGUGGGUCAAUGGUGCGACUAUUGCCUUGGAUGGUGGUACUUUGAUUUCGGGUAAGCUUUGAGGUGUUUUUAUCUAUAAAUUAUGAACCUUUUAUCGAUGUUCCUCAUGAUGUGUAUUGCGUGUUACUUCAAUACACAUAGAGAAUAGACCCAGCAUUGCAGCAGCAAUCUGCG